AGCCGGCGUGGAGGGGGAUGGGAGCCAUCGUGAUUGUAAGGACCCAAGACAGAAUCCGGAGCCCAGGCUCACGUUUAGAAGUGUGUACCCCAUAAUAAACAGUGACUGUAAAUAUAGAAGACACUGACGUGACUGGAGUUGUUCACCAGGGAUUUACUUUAAUGAUUCAAUGGAUGUAAUACACCCGCACAGGACAGGGAAAUUAACUUUCCGACAUUUUGGGUGAAAUACUGGGAACUUUUUUUCUUCCUCUUGGAGAGGUGUCUACUUGUAAGGGCAUCGGACACAGGGGAGUCCGAGGUGGAUGAACGGGCCUGCUGGGCCACACGGAGAAGAUAAUGGAGUACUCCAAGGACUGAAGUUUAUAAAUGGUUUUGUGUCGUUUGCACGAGCUUGGAAUGCCUCUGUAGGUCCUCAAUGACUGUGAGCCGUGAGUGGCGGCUCAACAGUGCCCCCCCUCUGGAGUGGUCUGUUGCUGUCAUUUGGACUUCAUAGUUCUUCUCGUGUCGCCCCACUCCCCACCCCCCACUCCCCACCCCCCCGCCCCCUUUCCAUCUUGUCCUCCACCCCACCCCCCCAUCCCCACGCCUGGUCGUGCUGGACGUCAUGAGCAUAGCAAUUCCUCUAGGAGUCACUACACCUGAAACGUCCUACUCCGAUAUGGCUGCCGGAUCAGAUCCUGAGUCAGUUGAAGCGAGUCCUGCAGUGAAUGAAAAGACCUACAACCACCACAGCUGCGGGAGUGCGAAGGAUCAUGGUUAUAGGGUACUGCCCUACGCUAUGCAACAGUCUUCCGUUGUGUGUUGUCAGGAUCACAACUAUGGCGCCCCCCCUCCCCCAACCCCUCCCGCCUCUCCUCUCUCCCAAACCAUUUUUCCCCGCAUGGAUCUCAAUGGUAUGGUGCACAGCUCCCGCUAUCACCAAACCCCAGCGGAACAGUCCGCUGACAGCGACAGCUCCUCGGAGGAAGACGGGGCCGGGUCCGGUUGGUGCCACUGUAGUGGCGCCCCGGAGGACUUACACAGCAAAUGUAAAUGCAGGGAGCUGGACAGGAGGAAAGAAGACGACGACCAACACAGGAAACCUGAAACCGUCUCAGCUGGAGACAGCAGUGCCACAGAGAGCGGGGAUGAAGAGGUGUCCCCUUCCACCGUCUCUUACACGGCCACGCAGCACACUCCCACCAGCAUCAAGCUCACAGUUAACCGAGUCAAAAGCAGAAAAUCCAAAAAGAGGAAGAAGAGUAUGGACAAGGCCCGCGGAAUGCAAAAAACCAAGAAAGUAAAGGCUUUUCGAGAGGGUUCGAGAAAGUCUCUGCGGAUGAAGAGUUCUGCCACAGAGACCACUGCUCCUGAUGAGAGUACAGCAGAGGGAUGGGAGAGCAGGAUCCGCCAGUGGACAGACCAGUACGAGGAGGCUCUGGCCAACCAGUACAGCUCUGAUAUCCAGACACUGCUCCAGGCUCAAGGUUCUGCCCCAAAGCCCGAGAGCAGCACCACGGCUCCUCCGUCUGCCUCACACGUCCACAUGCCGACUGUUGCCAUGGACACCAUCAGCUGCACCGAGCUGGCCUGCAACAACACGGUGCUGGGCUCACAGAUGCAGUUCCAGCUGGGCCGGGUCACACGGGUCCAGAAACACAGGAAGAUCCUGAGAGCAGCCAAGAGCCUGGAGGCAGACUCCCUCAUCAUCGAGUAUCGUGGGAAAGUCAUGCUGAAACAGCAGUUUGAAGUCAACGGACACUUUUUCAAAAAGCCCUGUCCUUUUGUGCUCUUCUACUCUAAGUUUAAUGACGUGGAGAUGUGUGUUGAUGCGCGGACCUUGGGAAAUGAUGCUCGCUUCAUUAGGAGAUCCUGCACGCCCAACGCUGAGGUGCGACACAUGAUGGCUGAGGGCAUGAUCCAUUUGUGUAUCUACGCUAUCGGCCACAUUACAAAGGACUCGGAGGUCACUAUUGGAUUUGACUACGAGUUCAACAACUGUAAAUACAAGGUGGACUGUGCUUGCCAUAAGGGCAACCAGAACUGCCCCGUGCAAAAGCACAACCUGAGCCCCCCCACUCAGAUCCUGCCCUCCCCCCCUGUUGGUGCUGAGACCCGACGGAGAAAGGCUCAGAGGAAAGAGCUGGAGAGCUCUCUGGUCUCUACCGGUGUCUGUGAAGAUCUGCAGGGAACCAGUGAUUCAGAGGAGAGAGUGCAGGAUGGGCUGAAGGUGGAAGAGGAGGAAAGGGAGGCCCUCUCCAGUAAAAGAACUCUGAACGCCCUGGAGAGGCGGAGCAGGGCUGAAGCACAUCUGCUGAAGAGUGAAGAUGUCGAGGCUGAGGAUGGAAACGCUGCAGACAGCCUCUGCAUGACCCAGAGUGGAGGAGUGGGGGUCAGCACACGGCGGACCGUGACGGAGGCUCCACUCCUGGAAAAAACAUCCUCACCCGCUCUGCCCACCACCACAGCUGCUCCUCCUAAACCCAUGAGACCUGCCAAGCCCCGGUCCAAAAGUCGGAUAUCUCGCUACCGAUCAAGCUCCUCCCAGCGUGCCCGGCGGCAGCGGCAGGCUCUCGCCCACCAGGCGUCAGCAGCUGCUGCAGUGGUGUCAGCACAGGCACCCGCAGAUCAGGGGUCUGCUCAAAACGACGAGGGCUUUCAGGGUCCUUAUGGAGCUGAACACCGUCAUGGAGAGCCUGGCACGGGAGGGGCAGCUCAGUGUCUGGAUGGAGACAACCAGGGUCCAACUAGUAUCCACAGAGGCAUCGUGCGCUACCCCAAGACCAAGAAGUACCUGGUGACUGAGUGGUUGAACGACAAAGUCCCCGGGGGGGAGAAGGUCCACCCUGAGGUUCCUGUGGAGCGUCCACUACGCAUAACUACUGACCCCACUGUGCUGGCUACCACCCUCAACAUGCUUCCAGGCCACGCCCACUCUUCACUGAUCUGCACCACACCCAGACACUACAUCCGCUUCGGCUCCCCCUUCAACCCCGAGAGGCGCCGGCCACGCCCGCUCCAAAUGGACGGCACCUAUGGCUGCUACAAAAAGAGGUGGAUCAAGCAGAUGGAGGAUGAGUCCUACUCGACCAGCGUAGAGGACGGCACAGAGUCAACCUCUUCUCAGCAGAGCACCAGCAGCAGGUCUACACCCAACCCCCUCUGCAGUGAAGUCAGUGCGCCGUUUAAGAAGAGGCACUACAAGUGUAUUACCGAGAUCAGACCAGUGCCCCCCGACCACUUGCUCCACCCCCUUUCACCAGUCUCUCCACCGCUCCCUGACCACUCCCUGGACCAGCUGGUGCACAACGCUUGUGGAUUCUUGCUGCUGAAUGGCUUGGCUGAUUCCCCAAAGCCCUCGCUGUGCACCAGCCGCUGCAACACACCACUUCAGUUCGAGAACAUCUCCUCCCCCGAGGCGUCUCCUGUUCACCAAGCAGAGUCCGUUUCUCCGGAGCCGUCCCUUCAGGCAGACUUCGACGCUUCUAGGCCUCCCUACCUGGGCCUGGAGAGCCCGGUGGCCAUGACCUCGGAUGAGUUUUGCAUCCAUGGGGUCACUUCAGGUCAUGAUGCCCAGAGCCAGUUGCCUGUUGGUGCCCUGGCAUCCUGUCCUUCCUCAGACUCUCACAAGGGGGAGCAGGCCUUCAGGACAGAGUUCAACCUCAUCUAUACUUGCUCCCCCCUCAAUGCCAACGUGAGGAAUCCUCUCAGCAGUGAUCAGCACCCCCCACAGGUUGAUGGAGGGUGCUCUCCUUCAGACUCAUUACACGGUUCUCUAAGUGUCCAGGGGCCCGGCUCCAUGUCCCCUUAUGGGGACCCUUAUUACUCCGGCGGCACCACACCACCAUACACCAGCAACCCCCCACAGAAGAAGAAGAGGGCCACCCAGCCAGCCGUUAGUCUGCUGACAGGAAAGACAGAAUACGAAGCUAUAGCUCUAAGAGGUGAAAACAAGCCAGUUCAGAAAAUGGUGUCCCUGCUAGAGUACCGUAAGAGGAAGCAAGGCAGCGUUGGAGACGCUCAACAAAGCAGCAGCAGCCGUUCCAGACCUGGAUCGUACCACAGCACAGACUCCCAUUGUUCCCAGUCCCUGCAGCAGGUGCAGAACCCAGCCUCACCCCACCACUCCUCUUCCUCAGCUCGCACAGCCUGUGUCCCACAAAGGGAGGACGUCAGGCCUCCAGACAAUCACAAGGUGUUCGUGAAAACCAGCAACCAGUGGAUGGUCCCAACCACGGUAGAGCGUCUGCGAGAGGGCCGGGGGGUUCUGGAGCGAGUCCUGAGGAGCAUAAAGAUGGAGCAGGUUUACAAGAGCAGUGAUACAGACCACCAGGUUCUACCAGUAGAGUCCGUGAGCUCGUCCACAGGCAGCCCUCCCGUCUACACUCUGCAGCCAACAGAAAGUCCAACACAGAGCCACGGUUCCUCUUUGGCCCAGCAGACGUCCAGCUCUCCAUUCCUGAGUUCCUACAGUCCUCCUUCAGGACAGAGCCUGUACAGCCGCCUGCCCACCUAUCCCAGUCCUCCCCCCACAUUCGGCUUGGACCCCAGGCAGCCCGUGGGCUUAUACCAGCAGACCAGCAGCAGCUUGGUGGGGGCUCUGACCUCGGGGCCUAGGACCCAAAGACAGAAUAAAAUGGACCUGAGCCCCACAGCCUCCAGAGAGGGUCAGCAGCAGGUGUCUCCCAGCCCCAGGCUCCAGUGUGCCCCCGGACCCACACCCUGCCCACAGCAGGGACAGAGCCUCGGCCAGUUCCAGCACUCCCCUCUCCCGGGCCCUGGAGUCCAGACGCAGUCUGGAAGUUUAUAGGACCUUCUUUAAGCUGUGUGUGUGUGUGUGUGUGCGUGUGUGUGUGUGUGUGCAAAGCUCCCCCAUGUGGUGUGAGGAAGCAGACGGAUGUACAGACGUGAAAAAAUCAGAAACUUCUUCGUUUCUCCAUAAUUCUUUUUCUGUUCUUGAUUGAGGAGACGUGAGUGAAGUUUGGUGGAGCAUGCUUGGACAACACGACGGACCACCCAUUGGACUAUUUGGCUUGAAGGUUUUCUGAGUCUCGUGUUUUGGUCUGAUUCUGGUUUUGGGAACGAGUGCUGGUUCAGUUUUUCCUUUCUGACUGGGGAAAGAGGAACGCUGCGAGGGGAGGAGCAUCAUUCCACAAACUCAAAAUGUUUGUUCUUAUUUGACCUCAGGUUCUUCGUGGGUUCUGUGUCCCUUUGGGUUUGUUCCGACUUGUUUCAGGAUGACUUGGCUGUAAACCUGAUACUUGAGAUGUUCAGGUCUUACGAGUCAUGGUGCUGCAUCCUUUUGUUCUGCUCUAGCCCUAAAACCCGGUUCCAUCUCACACCCGUUUGACUCUGUUAGCUAAAGCGUGCUCGUGCAGACCGAACCAAGGGAUGUGACUCCACAGAGAUCUUUAUUUGCAUUCCAUGUGACAUCCAGGAGAACCCGAAGCGGGAUGUGGAGAAGCGUUUAGGCGACGAAAGCUGCUAGGUUCCGCUGCGAGUUAGGUUAGCUAGCUCAUUUCAACGUUUUCCUCAACCAGAGAUGGUUCUGGUCCAGCAGCAGCACGGACCGCUCCACUCCGAGACCUCCGUUCAGGGCCUCAUACGGGACAACUGCUGCAAUUGUGUGAAAGACUUUAGGGGCCCGGCCCUGGAGGGGCCCGGCCCCAGCCCCGCCCUCCUUCCAGCCCCUCCCCUGCCUGCCACUACAAACCCAAACAGUGAAGGGUUUUCAGAUGACGUGAAUGUUUGACAGAUUCAAAAUAAUGUGUCGAUCCAAAAAACACCAGCACCUUAAAACAAGACAUCGGACCCAAAAGCCCCAGUAGAUGUUCGGUUCUGUACGAAUGUGUGUAUGAAGAAUAAUGUACACUGAAUUUGUGGCAUGGUGUGUGUUAGAGAGGUCUGAGUGAGCAGCUGUUGUCAGAUGGACCUCUGCUUCUGUUCCUUCAAAGACUCUUUUAUGUCUCCUUGUUUUUGUUUGGAUUAUCUUGUUUUUUCACAGAUCACCAUAGUAACUAUUUCAAUUGUUCUCUAAGAGAUUUAAGAAGUAUGAUGUAAUGCCUUUUGAUAAUAAAAUAAUCCUGAUGGUGUUCUACCAGGUCA